AGGAUGGUUAGCACUGAUUGGCCAUUCACCUCACUCUUGCUCCAGAUGUAUAAGGUAGACCCACCACCACAUCCCAAGGAGGUGGCAGCCAUAGAGGCUAGAAGAAAUCAAGAAAAGGAGCAACAGAGCCAAUUCUUCAAUGUGUGGACCAGAGAAAUGCGGGUGGAUGCUGAAGCCCUGAACAGCCAGGUGGAAGAGAAAAAGCUUAGGAAGGCAAAAAAGCAGAGCAAGGUGGCAGCUUAUGGUACCAACCAGGUGCAAUAUGAUGUGGUGGCUCAGAUACUACAGAAGGAACAGGCAGAACGGACAGGUCGGCUGGCCAAGAAAAUGCAGUUUCGGAAGCAGAAGCAGCAGCUCAAGAAAAGGCAUGAACUUGACUUUUGGGAUUCAGACCGACUCUGGAGGGAGUUUCCAGCUCAUCUUGGUGACAAUGAUCCCCACUGGGGCCCAACCAGCCUGCAGUGCUUCUCUGGGGAAGAUUUGGACAGGGCCAUAUGCCUGAGAAUGCAGCAGGAAGAGUUCAUGCACAGCCUGGAGAAGCCGCUGCAAGAGCAACAGCAAGCCAGAGUUGAGGAGAACUGUGCAGGUAAGCAGCGGGGCCCUCCAGGCUGUGACCUGAGGCCUAGUGGGGAGUCAUCCUGAGCUGGAUACAGCGCCCAGAAGACCAGAACUGUGUGGGGAGGUCCAG